AUGAAUCCUGCUCUGGUAGUGUUGGCGUCGUGUCUGCUGGCCACAGUGGCAGCUCAGUCUCAAGACCACCAUGACAUGGGCUGGGUCAACGGCUACCGCCAGAGCUUUAACUUCCAGUGUCCCCACGGAGAGGUCCUGGUGGCCACCAGGAGCUACUAUAGCGAGGCGGACGGCAUGGACCGCUUGUGGUCGUUUGAAUGCCAGCCCACACCUGAGGGUCUGGGGGAGCCCACUGACUGCUGGUGGGACGACAUCAGCCGUGCUGGGAUGGAAUGGACUUCAACAUGCACUCGAAACGGCCUGGUAGCAGGCGUACAAAGCAAGUACUUUGAAUCUGUCCUUGACCGGGAAUGGCAGUUCUACUGCUGCUAUUACAAACGCCGCUGCCCCUACUCCUGCAUGAAAACCAAUGACAUCCCUGAAUACUUCAGAGAAGAGGCAGAGAUGGUGGUUCCCAGCUAUGGCUACUUCGUCCGAGGUGCCCAGACCACCUUCAGUGGAGUGCUCAGAGAUCGGCAGUGGAAGUACAUCCUGUGCAGAAUGACAGACUUUGACUGUGAAUUUGAAAAUUUAUAAACUUGUCAGCAGCAUUAUUUUCUUUUCCAUAAACACUGUUAACGACAUAUUUACUCAUUGCAUUUAAACAAACACAUAAUACUGACAUUAUACACAACACUUUCAUUCAUGUAUUCUGAUAAAUGGAUCAACCCCAGGUGUUUGAUAUCUGCCUGUAUAAUCACUGUUUCUUAGUCUAGCAUGCAAAAAUGACUCCUCAUAUAAAGGUGAAUAUUGAUAUAAGCAUCAACACAGAGGGUCUGCAGGGGAUUUGGGCUCCAACGGAUACUGUGGAAAGCUUAAGUGUUUUCAUUUAGUUACUGGAGGAACUGGAAGUCAUUUGGCAUCAUGUGAAAGUGGUUUUCCAAAACAAAGUCAAUUAUUUGAUGCUGCGGUCACGCUGGUGGAAAACACUGCAUCGGGCUCAGCUCCAGGACCUCUUAGUCUGAGGUCACAUGACAGCGAUGGCCAAACAAAAUGGCUUUAGUUGGACCAUUUUCACGGUCAUAAAAGCAUUCAGUGAGCGUUAGGUGUGACUGAUUGGGAUAUUGUCUCGGAGGUAACAGUUGUGUGUGUGUGUUGCAAGUAAUGAGAAGCUCUUUCAGAAUCACUGGCGUCAUGAGCUUUGUGUGCGAAGGAAGCGUCCCACCUGCUUUCAAUUGACUUCAAAUCUCUCCUUUAUUAAAGUGUCUUGUUCUCUUUGGCAAUACUGUACUAGCACUCAUGUAACUGUACUGUGUGAAAAUGGGAUUAAAACC